AUGUCUUCCCAAGGAUCGGCUGCUGCUGGCGGUGGCCAAGGUGGAGGCAGCGGCGGUGGUGGACAUGGAGCUCCCGAGGACCCCUCAAUUGGCGAACUGCAUACCGCCCUCGCCAGUUACCUCAUGGUCGUUUGUUCUGGUCUCGCCGUGAUCCUCAUCGGAUGGAGGAUCUACACCAAGCUCAUCACCACGGCUCGCCAGAUGGUCUGUCUCAGCAACGAGAAGCAGAGUUACUUUGCCAUUCCCAACACUCGACUUUCCUUCCUCAAACGAAAUGUUCUCUACGCGCCCAUUUUCCGAAAGAGGCACAACCGCGAGUUCCAGCUCAGCCGCGCCAUCAACGUCGGCACCCUGCCUACUCGUAUGGAACUUGUAUUCCUCGUCGGCUACUUCAUUACCAACGUCAUCGUGUCGGUUGUUGGUAUACCUUUUACCGAGCAGUUUGGCGUUGCUGCGAAGCGUUUCAGGGAUCGAACCGGCUAUCUUUCCGUCAUUAACAUGAUCCCCCUGUUUGUCAUGUCCGGUCGAAACAACCCGUUGAUUCCGCUUCUCGGUAUGCCCUUCGACACCUUCAACCUCCUUCACCGGUGGUUCGGUCGUAUCGUCAUCAUCGAGGGUGUCGCUCACACUAUCGCUCACCUGUGGGCGUCGGCUUCGACUGGUUCAUGGGCCGCCGCGUGGGCGACCGCUUGGAAGGUUCCCUUCAUGAUGUGGGGAUUCAUUGCCACGAUUGCGUUUGUUGCCCUCCUAUUCCAAGCUGCUAGCCCCGUCCGACACGCUUUCUACGAAACGUUCAAGAUUCUCCACAUCCUCCUUGCCAUCGCCUCGAUCAUCGGUCUCUGGUAUCACUUGAAGCUCAAGGAUCUUCCUCAACUUCCUCAGCUCGGCGCUGUCAUCGCCCUCUGGGCUCUCGACCGCAUCAUCCGGAUGGGGAGUGUCGCGUACAGGAACUUUGGCAAAGGUGGCAGCCGAACCGUUAUCGAGGCUCUUCCCGGAAAUGCUCUCCGAAUCAACGUCACACUCGCCCGGCCCUGGACCUUCCGAUCCGGUCAGCACGCGUAUCUGUACUUUCCGACUUUCGGAUACUGGCAAUCUCACCCGUUCUCGGUUGCUUGGAGUGAGGAUUCUCAUGAUCCCAGCUCAGAGAAGCUGGCGAUGAACGUUCAGGAGCUCAACUCGAUGAAGAAGUCGACCAUCUCGUUUAUCGUCAGGGAGCGCACAGGCGUCACGCACGCGUUGUACAAGAAGGCUGCCAACAGCCCGGAUGGCAAGUUCACGACCAGGUGCUUCGCGGAGGGCCCUUACGGGUCCAUUCACUCGCUUCAGUCAUACGGAACGGUCAUGCUGUUUGCAGGUGGUGUCGGCAUCACGCAUCAGGUGCCGUACGUUCGCGAGCUCGUAGCGGGUUACGCGAACGGCACGGUGGCGACGAGGAAGGUUGUCCUCGUGUGGACCAUUCAGAGCCCUGAGCACCUCGAGUGGAUCAGGCCAUGGAUGACUGAAGUGCUUGCGAUGGAGAGGCGCCGUGAGGUCCUCCGCAUCAUGCUCUUCGUCAGCAGGCCACGAUCGACGAAGGAGAUCCACAGCCCGUCGGCGACAGUCCAGAUGUUCCCCGGCAGGCCCAACAUCGAGACCCUUAUCGGGAUCGAACUGGAGCAUCAGGUUGGCGCCAUGGCGGUGUCUGUUUGCGGACCAGGCACUCUGAGCGACGAUGUGAGGAGGGCGGUGAGGAACCGACAAUACAACAGCACGAUCGACUUUGUGGAGGAAGCCUUCACCUGGUAA